CUUGACAACAAGCAUUGCAAAACAAACAAACAGCGGAAAUAUAAUCACGUUCACUCGUACGAAUAUCAUUUAAUAAAUCUUAGGUCGAUUACCAAAAACACGUAAAGUGUGUAUAUAUAUAUUUCUUCAUGUUAUGCUUUCAGUUUACUUCCCAGAUGCUUAAGCGUUUGGCGAUUAAACGCCCGAUGCCCUGGUGAAAUCCCGAAUUGCUUUGUUCUUAAAAUGAAGUGCACUAACUAGGGUACAGAGCUCUAGGGUCACACGCUCUAGGUAGUGCACCUAUGUAGGAUAGUAAGGCACUAUUUGAGAUUCCGCAGUAGCAUUCGCUAUUAACCGUCACUAACCAAGACGUUUUUCACUAAGCGCCGUAUGUUAGAAAAUAUAACACAAAGAAAUUCAUGCCAAAGUUAAAAACAAAGUAGUAAAUGCUUUGUAAGAGAGUGUACUAUAACGUUGUAAAAUGCAGCGCUCUGAGGAAAGCAGAGCUGUGGCCAAUACAGCAGACUUUCUACGAAAAGCUGAACACUUUAGAAAGCUGGUUGAUAAACAUGAAAAAGAGAGAGCGACGAAUAAGCACAAAAGGAGAAAUGGCCUCAGAGAUUGUUGCUGUGAAUUAGAGGAGUUUGAAAACAAGCUGAACCUGGAGCUUAAGGCUGAAACUCUGAGAGUGCAGCAACAACUACAAAAAAUCAGAAAUAGUGUGUACAGAUUCCAGGGGCAGCUGAUGGAUGUGAAGCCAUCUCCCAAUUUGAUUGAAAAACUGAAAGAUAUCAUGAGUGAGAUCGAACAGUCCAUCAACACUUUCAAAGAGCAACAACAUAAAAGUUUUGAGGAGCUUUUACAGGAAGAAAGGACUUGUUGGCAAGAGGUAUCUGCCUUUGAAAGGAAGAUUGACUCUUGGACACUGGCUGUGAAGAAAGACGGCGAGUUUCCCGUAUUUCAGAAAACCAAGCAUGGCAUGGCCACAAAAACAAGACAGGAGUUUCCUGUAGAUGUGUUGGCUCUGGAAACAUUCCUGCAGCAGACAGGAGGGAAACUGGGAGGCUGGGACCAAUAUGACCAUCAGAGCUUCCUAAAAGUGUGGACCAAGCACCAUGGAAAACCCUCCUACAGGUCUGAGGUUAAACUUUACUUACCAGGCAAGACCGAGGAGGAAAUACGAUUGCACGAGGACUGGUAUCUAGAAAUGUGCCGUCUCCAGGAAAAGAAGAAAGCGGCUAUCCAGAGAUGGAGGUCAGAAAAGCAGAGAGAACUGGAAGCUCGUGUGCAACAUGAACACCAGGUUGAGGAGGCUGUGAUGAAGGAGCAAGAAGUCGCCCUAGCGGAAGCCCAACGUCUCAAACAGGAAGAGGAGCGGCGGGAGGCGGCACUCCGUCUGGAAGUCUGGAGGAAGCAGAGGAAGGAUAAGCAGGAGCAGGAGGAGGAGGAGCGACUCAGGGAAGAGGUGAUGCGGAACAGAAGACUAAAGGAGGAGAGGCGGAGGCAGCAGGAGGUCAAACUCGCUGUGGAGGCCCACAUCAGGGAGAGGAAAGAAGAGGAGGAGCGGAGAAUGGUGGAGAAGGAAGAGCAGGAGCGAGCGGAGGUGGAGGAGAGGAGGAGACUGGCUGCUGAUGGCAUCAAACGUUUUCAAGAGAGGGAUCUACACAAGCUAGAAACAAAACUGCAAGAAAGGCAGGCUAAAGAGGAGGAGCAGGUGGAACGGCUGAAGAAGCAGGCUAAACGAAAAGAGAAGGUUGAAGGUCACGUUAGCCGAGAUCCUUCAAGACUCUGGAAACCAACCAAAGGAUGGGAAGAACGCACCAAAGAGAUCGGGCCAACAGGAGGUGGACCUGUUUAUCACAUGUUUCAUAGGGCAAUCCCGACAUGGAGACAAGACCUUUAAACCUGUGCUCAGGCUUCACAGCUCCUUCAGACAUGCACAAGAAUGUAAUAAACCUUUGCUGUUUUUGUAAUUUGAUUGUGAUAAAGGAAAAAUAAUGUCCAUGUUAUUUGUUUUAAAUACACUUAAGAGAAUCGCUGCAUAAGGCAAGGAGUAAAUCUUAAGACCAACUUUUUAUGUAUAAUAUUGCACCUGCAUUAUAUAGGAUAAAAUAAAAUGCUGUAGACGACA